UACCUUGAAUCUUUAGCAGAAAUAAUUGAAUACUCUUUGUUUUUCCAUCAGGUUGGUUUCCAGCUAAGUUUGUCGAAGUUUUAGAUGAGCGCAGCAAAGAGUAUUCCAUUGCUGGAGAUGACACAGUAACAGAAGCAAUAAUGGAUCUGGUGCGUGGUACCCUCUGCCCAACUCUGAAGGCUAUCUUUGAACAUGGCCUCAAGAAACCCUCCAUCCUUGGAGGCCCCUGCCACCCAUGGCUGUUUAUUGAAGAGGCUGCUGGAAGGGAAGUCGAGAGAGAUUUUGAUUCCGUGUAUUCAAGGCUGGUCUUGUGCAAAACAUACAGGCUGGAUGAAGAUGGCAAAGUCUUAACUCCUGAAGAGCUGCUUUACAGAGCUGUGCAGUCAGUAAACAUGACCCACGAUGCAGCUCACACACAGAUGGAUGUCAAGUUCCGCUCGCUAAUCUGCGUUGGCUUGAAUGAGCAGGUGCUACAUUUGUGGCUAGAGGUGCUCUGCUCCAGCUUACCGACCGUGGAGAAGUGGUAUCAGCCCUGGUCCUUUCUGCGCAGUCCUGGUUGGGUGCAGAUAAAAUGUGAGCUAAGAGUGCUGUCAAAAUUUGCCUUCAGCCUUUCCCAAGACUAUGAACUUCCGGCAAAAAGAGAGGAGAAGGAACGAAGACCACUGAAGGAGGGCGUGCAGGACAUGCUUGUCAAACAUCAUUUGUUUAGCUGGGAUAUUGACGGUUGAUGGAAGUUGAGGAAAAGCCAAAAAUUAGUUGCCCAUUGUCAUUCCCACCCCCCCUCCAUUUCUCUCGUUAUUAAAAAUUACACAAGAACACAACACUCCAGAUGGCCCUAGUCCAUAAUUGCACUACUUUGGAUUUCUUUUAAGAAGGUGACUGCCAGGUUAUUUAGUCCUAUCCUAUGCAGCGUUUGUCCAUUACAAGCCCACAUUAGAGGACACAGUUAUUUUUAUAAGGCAACAAAAGCGGUUAUGAGUUUACAGAAAGAGCAGUGGACGGAGAGAGGCCACAUCUACCUAAUCUCACACGCUCACUCACACAGACAAGUCUUAGCACCUACACCCCACCAAAGAAGUGCAUUCACUUUUGUUUUUACGCUAACUUCAGAUUCGGCUUUUCUUCGGAUGGCCUGCUGUCCUUUUCAAGAGCAAUGUAUGCCAACUCCUACCACAGCGGAUGGCACAGACACUGCAGUUAUUGAAGCAAAUGCCUACAUAUGGAGACGUGCACUUGGUGGUGGAGGAGAAGUGGGAAUGGAAUGGAAUGGGGGUACGGGACUCCCGUCAGUGGACAAUCCAGUGGAACAGCUCCGAGAGACUGAAAGUAGACUCGAUAGGCCGUAUAGGCAUUGGGGAGGGAUACUUCAAAAAUGAAUGUAUAUUUGACUAAAGUCAAGAAAAUAUUGAUCACAUAUAAUGAAAUUUAUGACGGCAAAUAGCUCUGCUUGUCACUUUAUAUCUUAUCACAAUGUAAAUAAACCAUAUCUCUACACCA